AUGGUUUCAAAAUUACCACCCGAAUGCCUCUACAAAAUAUUUGACGAAUUCAGUUAUAGCCAAAUUGGCAAAGAGAAAAAUGGGUUCAUUCACCUUCGUUCUAUCAUAUUAGUGAAUAAAUACUGGUGUAAUGUUGCCAUUCCAAUACUUUGGCGUAGAACAUUUAAUUGGAUUUAUCAGAAAAAUAAUGACGGAAACAGACAUGUCCAUCUUAUGUCAACCUAUAUUUCAUGCUUGCCAGAAGAAUCUAGGAUUAUUUUAGACAAGUUCGGAAUUAGCUCAUUGAUUACACAAUCAGCAUUUCGCUCAAAUUUUGACUAUCCUUCCUUCUUACAAGGUCUACAAUAUAAAUGGUUAUAUAAUUCUGUAGAUAAAUGGUUGGAUGCACAUGCUUCAACAGAAGUUAUAAGAGUAAAUCGCGAAACGAAUCCUCUUCCAAUUUUUGUCGAAGAAUUAUGCAAGUUAUUUAUGAAUAGAUGUACAAACUUGUUACAGCUUUCUUUUAAUCAUCUGGAUGAUUUCGGUGAAUAUCCUAUAUGUCCCAUAGUUAAUAUGCCAAGUUUUACUGGAGCUUCAGAUGCACUAGCGAAUCUUCGUCAUUUUGAUUUUCACGGAUGUCUGGAUCCAAAAAUUCUAGAAAGUGCAUCAAAGAUAUGCAAAUUCGUUAAAGUACUAUCGAUCGCUUGUUGUUGCUAUGAUAACGAAGGUUUGGCCACGUUUAUUGACCAACAAACUCGUUUAGAAAAUCUUUCAAUUGAAUUUGAACAAAAUGGAGGGGAUCUUCCUAAAAUAAAGAAUUCCCUACAUAAUAAAGGGAAGGAUCUUUCUGCGUUGAUGAUUAGACAAAUUUUUUUUCCACUAGAUAUUCUCGGGCAUAGUCCAAAUCUCACAGGUUUAUUUAUAGAAGAUGGAUAUGAUUUGCACAGAGAUAUUUUUGGACAAUUUGUAAAUUGGCAUUUUUUUCGACUCACAAAUCUUUUCCUUGCGAUCAAGAAUGUACACAUUGGUUCUAUCAUUCAAUUGAUAAAUAAUACGCAUGGAAACCUCACAACUGUUAGGAUUGUGUGGACCAAACCUGUUGAUAAAUAUAAUUUUAAUCUUUACACUGAAACUAUUCUCGUAAGUUGUCCGCGCUUGAUUGCUUAUCAUGGAUAUUUUGAUGACAGUGAAAUUGGAAAAAUGCCCGAGUUUUUCGAGAAGCAUAAAAAUCUAGAAGAGUUUCAUAUUAGUCAAUAUUCUCUCACACGUUGCGAGAUCAGUAAUAUGUUGAAAAAACUUGGGAAAUCUCUACCAUCAAAUUUACGAGAAAUUUAUCUACCAGCAAACUAUGUUUAUACCACUGAAUCUUUGGAGUCAUUCCUUGAAAGCUGUGCAACAAAACUACAUGCCCCUUUGAAACUUACCCUUCGCUGUAGGUCUACAAUACAUGAAGAAAUUCUUUCUCGUUAUGUGGAACGAAAAAUUAUCAAGGUAGUAUCUUAA